GUUCAACUGCGCUGUGGAGAUAGGUCUAUGCGAGACUACAAACUUCCUGGCAGCAGCAAAGCGUUUGUCUGAGAAGGGUUUGUCUGGUUUGUCUGCGUGCUGCAAGAGAGGGGCGUUUAAAAUGCAGUGCAACAGCGCCACCUUCAGUGGGCACUAUGGCGCUGGCGAGGCUUGGUAAAUGUUGUCGGUCGUUAGUACAUGAGCCCUCCAAAGGACUGUUUUUUGGUGUUUUACAGCCAGGCGGGAUUGAAGGCUGUAUAGCUAAGAGGCAUCUGUUGUCAGAAGAUGUUAUCAAACUACAAGACUUCCAGCAAAGGAAGCUGGCUGUGGCUCACCUUGUCUCUGGAACGAAAGGAAAUUAUAUAGAGCUGUUCAGUCAGAAGCUUCAAAGGAAUGAGCUCAUACUGAGAGAUGAGCUGAAGCUUCUCCUUCACUUGUGCCAGUCUGCAGAUGACAUGGUGAUAGCCAGAGAUGCCAUUUAUAGGUACCAUGCAGAGAACCGGAACUUGGUGUAUGGAGAGUUUAAGUUUGGUCCUCUCUUUGUGAGACUGUGCUAUGAGCUGGGUCUGGAGGACUUGGCUGCUGCUACACUUACAGAUAAGAAUAUGAGAGAAUUUUUCAACGACGCAACCUCCUUUAACAUCACCUUAGACAUGUUAUUCACAAAAGGCUCUUAUGAAAAUGCCUUGGAGGUACUAAGAACUAUGAGGAACCAAGGUGUACCAUUCAACAAAGACACAUUGACACUGGCAUCUGGCAUCUGCUAUAAACUGGACACGGCGGAGUCCUACAGGAUCUGCACUGCUCUGAUAGAGGAGGGGCAGACCAAAGGGCACUUAAUCCCCCGACAUGCUUACUGCUUUGCUGUAGCACUUGCACUUAGACGAAAUGAUAUAGUAAAGGCACAGUCGUUGUACUCAAAAAUAAUGAGCACUGACAGCAGAUUAUGCCAAAAUUUAAAGGUUAUAAUACUAGCAAGGUCAGGAGCGCUGACAGAUGCCAUUUCCAUCCUGUCUGCAGCCAUGCUGCUUAAAAGCCCUUCUUUUGUGAAGAAGCCUGAAUUUUCUCAGGAGGUGACUGGCAAACCUAAGGUGGAUUUGCUGCGCUUUCAGAGUGAGGGCGGACCACACAUGAUGAAAGUGGAGCAGAUAGUCACUCAUCUUGAGCGAGCUGAUCAGGUGACCCAGCAGACCCUCGAUGGCAUGCUCUGCCACACACCCACAGGGAGGAGGAAACCAGCGCUAAUAAUGGAGGAGAGGAGGACGAGCCGAAGGACUCUGAAGUCACUACAGUCCACUCUGCUGUCAGAGUGAGAGACGCUGUGUGCCAUUGCAAAGCCUGCUUUAACUAAAGGCUCUGAUAUGAGGCUGAACACAAUCCAUCAAAAAGAGAUCCAAGCGAGAUCCGGCGGAAUUUCCCGGCAGAACGAGAAUAAUCCCGGAAGUGGAACGUCGUAGAUAUAGACUAAAAAACACAAAUGGCUAGAGUAGACUUUGUCAUGAUUACUGUAUCUACCUCUCCUUAGACACAGACAGAGUCACCAUCUGCAGACUGAACUUCUGUCCCUUUUUUGUGUUGCCCCUAUCCAAAUUUGAUGAAAAAGGUCAAAAAUCUUCUUUUGUGCAGCAGGUACUUUAACAGAAAGCUGCUGAGAGAAUUUUACACCACCACACCAAUGGCAAUGGAUUUCCUUGCAAGGAGCUAUGCAUAAUAAGUGAUUUGGGAAGAAUGCGUUGUGUGUGUAUAUAAAAGUGUGACUGAGUGAUUAAAGAUGAAUCGGAUAUUUAAUAAUGAAAAAAAAGAUUA